AUGCUGAAAAUUCCUCCAAUAGCCCGGUUUUUUGAGAAGAACUUUCCAAAAAAAAAUGGUGGUUUCGAUGGGGAUUUUGUAAUAAUUUCCAUAAAGAUUGGACGGCUUUACAGUUCAUAUGGGCCAGUCAAUGACAAAAAAAAUUCGAAGCCUUGGCUUGAGCGAUUUUUUUUGGGUCACUCCCUAUUUCCAAAGCCCAACUGUCAAUUCAUAAAGGCUAACUCAGUCAAUAAUUCUUUAAUGACAUCUAGAUUGCCUUUCGAAGUCCUUAGUAUCAUCGCAUCACAUCUCAGCAUCAAAGAUAAAGUUUCUUGCAUAACAGUUUGUAAACUGUGGUCUGCACCAUUUCAGGACUCUCUCUGGUCUACUAUAAAUCUCAACAAACGUCAUCUGAGAAACAUCUGUAACAUCAAUCACACUGAACAAAAUGCAUACAAAAAGAAUGGAAAUCGUGUACAGACUCUUAAUCUCCACCAAUCAACUGAAGUAGAUGACGGCCAACUUUAUUUGCUACAGCAAUACUUUCAGCGUAUAAAGUGCCUUAGAAUACAGCACAGAAGUCUCUCGAAUCACAACUUUGGAAAGACUGCAAACUGGAAUCUCUGGGCCAGCCUGGUGAGCCUCGAGAUACAUAUCCCGGAGCAGAAUCAGCAUACUCCAAAACAUGAACUAUACCAGAUAUUAGCCUGCCUUCCACACCUUAAACAUCUAACCGUUCCAGACAAAAUAUGUUAUCGUGUGGUUUGCUAUACCUGGCGUGACUUGGAUACAAUACACAAUUAUCUACCACACCUCGAGUCAUUGAACCUAGCUUUCUUAUUCACUUCUAUAGCCAAUGAGGAUAUCACACUAAUCAGAUCCACUACCCCAGCAGAUAAAUUGAAGCGAGUCAGACUCUCCAAUCUCGAUAUUAACAUCGGUUGGAUCUUUUACUGCGCUCUCAAAUAUCCCAACAUUCACACAUAUGAAUCCAAAACCAAUUUUGGGUCCAGAUCAAAAUUGGUGGUGCCAUGCGCCGAUACUAUGUCAGUUAUAAAAGCGUCAGAACACAGUUUUUCUAGCCUGAGAGUAGCCACGAUAUCUCAGAAAUUACAAUUAGAUCCAUACUUUUAUGCAUUUUGGAGAACCUUUGCCCAAAUGCUGGAAUCACUCCAAUCUCUAGACUACCGCGUGAAUUUGACAUGUGGAGAACCGCCCCAACCAGAGACCAUUGCUACCAAAGCUAUCCCUCUAUCUUCCAAGACACUACAAAAGCUUUUUAUCAAAAUCAUACCACGGGGAUUGAUCUAUAGUAAUUUCCCACUACAGCUGGACUAUUGUCCUUGUUUGGCGGAUCUGACGCUAGAAGUACCAAAGCUCGUCAUAAAGAUUGACACUAUCUUGAGAAAUUGUGUUUCUCUAAAAAAGAUCAAGCUCAAGGAUGGCCGUAUUCUAUUGAGUCAGGAAGCUAGCUACAUAUCAGAAAAACACGGCUUACAAAGGAUUGAAAUCUGGGAUUCAGAUGUUGACCCAUCUAUACUUAGUUAUGUCUCAUUCUGCUGUCCCCAAUUACGCGAGAUGGUACUAUGCGUUGUCAAAAUAACAGAUUCGGUAUCCAGCGAAACGACGACUUUACUUUUGGAUAUGUCCUUUACACAAUUCGAUGUAUUGAAGCUGAAUAAUGUGGUCUUUCGAUUACAAGACAACGAGACCCUCGAUUCAAAUGACACACACUUGAGAUCAAACUCCAAUAUUCAUCUACUUGUUAUUGAACGCACACAAUCCAUCUUUGAUUCUGGCGAGAUCGGCUCUGUUGUUGGUACCCCACCAGUCUCUCUAUUGCAAAAUAUGAUCCCUAAACAGAUAUGGUUCCAGCAUUGCUUGAAGAAAGUUGCCAGACGAUUGUAUUCUGAAGUACGAAUGCUAAAAAAGCGAGAAGUCGAGUUUGCCAAAAACUAUUUCCAAAAACUUGCACUAAAGAACAAGAAUAUCCCUGAUCCUGAACCUCCAAAGAAUCAAUGUCAUAAUGGUUUUAUGGACAAGAACUCAUGGAAAGACGAUCUUUCACGUGGAUAUGUUUUAUUACGCUGUAAAUAUGUCGGUAAAUAUGAAAUAGAGACUUACUCAUUUGACCACGACAUAGAUAUUCUGUAAUACCCUUCUACCACUUUCCCUCUCCAAAAAAUAAUAAUAAUAAGAGGUAGAAGACUACAAGUCAACUUCUUUGACUUCUUUCAAAGAUUAUACAU